CACACACUUGUGUUCAGGUCACUGAAGAGAACCCAUGACAUGUUUGUAGCUGAUAAUGGAAAACCUGUGCCUUUGGAUGAAGAGAGCUUCCCGCUGCUCUCAGAGCCUUGCUGAGCUGAAAUUGUACCUGGCCAGUACCUCUACUCCCAUCUUUUCUCUCACAAACGAAAAAUGGCAAUCAAGCUCCGUAAUGAGUACGGUCCUGUGUUGCAUAUGCCUACUUCAAAAGAAAAUCUUAAAGAGAAAGGCCCUCAGAAUGCAACGGAUUCAUACGGUCAUAAACAAUAUCCUGCCAAUCAAGGACAAGAAGUUGAGUAUUUGGUUACAGGUACACAUCCAUAUCCACCAGGACCUGGAGUUGCUUUGACAGCGGAUACUAAGGUCCAAAGAAUGCCCAGCGAAUCAGCUGCACAGUCCUUGGCAGUGGCAUUACCUUCUUCCCAGGCCAGAGUUGAGGGAAAUCGUACUGCGCCUGGUGGAACUGAAUAUCGACAUCCUGGGGCUUCUGACCGUUCACAACCUACAGUGAUGAAUUCAAUGGUUAUGGAAACUGGCAAUACUAAGAACUCUGCGCUGAUGGCCAAAAAAGCACCUACAAUGCCAAAACCCCAGUGGCACCCACCAUGGAAACUCUAUAGGGUUAUCAGUGGGCAUCUUGGUUGGGUUCGAUGUAUUGCUGUGGAACCUGGAAAUCAGUGGUUUGUUACUGGAUCUGCUGAUAGAACUAUAAAGAUCUGGGACCUGGCCAGUGGCAAGUUAAAACUCUCGUUGACCGGGCAUAUCAGUACAGUUCGAGGUGUGAUAGUAAGCACAAGGAGCCCAUACCUGUUUUCUUGUGGAGAAGACAAACAAGUAAAAUGCUGGGAUCUUGAAUAUAAUAAGGUUAUAAGGCAUUAUCAUGGACAUCUAAGUGCAGUAUAUGGUUUGGAUUUGCAUCCAACAAUCGAUGUGCUGGUAACCUGUAGUCGAGAUUCAACUGCUCGGAUUUGGGAUGUGAGAACUAAAGCCAGUGUACACACAUUAUCUGGACAUACAAAUGCAGUUGCUACAGUGAGGUGUCAAGCUGCAGAACCACAAAUUAUUACUGGAAGCCAUGACACUACAAUACGAUUAUGGGAUCUGGUGGCUGGAAAGACAAGAGUGACAUUAACAAAUCAUAAGAAAUCAGUCAGGGCUGUGGUUUUACAUCCACGACAUUACACGUUUGCAUCUGGUUCUCCAGAUAACAUAAAGCAGUGGAAAUUCCCUGAUGGAAGUUUUAUUCAAAAUCUUUCUGGUCAUAAUGCUAUUAUUAACACAUUGACAGUAAAUUCUGAUGGAGUGCUUGUAUCUGGAGCUGACAAUGGCACUAUGCAUCUUUGGGAUUGGAGAACUGGCUACAAUUUUCAGAGAGUUCAUGCAGCUGUGCAGCCUGGGUCUUUGGACAGUGAAUCAGGAAUAUUUGCUUGUGCUUUUGAUCAGUCUGAAAGUCGAUUAUUAACAGCUGAAGCUGAUAAAACCAUUAAAGUGUACAGAGAGGAUGAUACGGCAACAGAAGAAACUCAUCCAGUCAGCUGGAAACCAGAAAUUAUCAAGCGAAAGAGAUUUUAAUGUGGCAUUGUCUUCAUGGUGKUUUUUUUUUUUUUUUUUUUAAGCUUGGCAUUGAUGAGGAUGUCGGUUAUUUUGUGUUCUUGCGGGAAUGUAAAGCAGAAACUCAUUUACUGGAAUCAUUGCUGCUUAAUAUUUUACAAUAAACUGUCCCCUAUGCCCCCCCCCCCGUGUUUUUAUUUGUAAAAUAAACAUUUUGUGAUCCUAGAAAGUAAGAUGCAAAUAUCAAGCACAUGGAGGUUUAUUAGACAUGACUAUUCUAAAGACAAAAUUCUUGAUAGUUUUAUUAAAAAGCCUCUUUUAAAAAUUGUCUAUUAUAACAACRCAUUUUGAGGGGAGCAGGUGGUUUUUACAAUCCUUUAAAAACUGAUAAUUUGGGAUUUAAAAGUUUUAGUCUUAAUUUAUAUAUGUUCAUUUCAAAAGCAGUUUUUGAGUUUGUUCUUUAGAAUUCAGCAGUAAAUACUGUUCAGGAAAAGAUAAGAUUUAUCUGUCUCCAAAACUUCCAGUUUUGCUAGCUUACAGAAAUGCUGUAAUACAGGUAUAGGUGUAAUGCUAGAGGAACACUGAGGAAAAAGCUAUUCAUCAUUCAUCUUUCCCAKAGAGGGCUGGGGAAGACUUCAUUGAGGAAGGACCAUUUGAACUGACCUUGAAGUCAAGGAGGGCAAAGGAAACAGUGUUCUAAGCUGAGGCAUUAACUGGAUGAAACCAGAUGCRGGAACCUGAGUGGUGUACUCUAGGACAGAAUUGUCUGUCACAGUUGACUAAUGGGAUACAAAGCUGGUUCAUGUUAGGAAAAGCUCAUGGUCUGAGUUUGGAUUCUAUUCCACAAGCAGUAGGAUACCAAUAUUGUAAUAGAAACUUAGGGAAAUAACUAUGGAGAUACCACUGAAGAUACUUAAAGCAGUAGCAAGGGGUACAAUCUUCUGGAGAUUGUAUAGGAAGGUGUUUAAAAUUUCUAAUUCUUAUAUCUCCUGGUAAAUAACAAAUUUUAUAAAUCCUGCCCUUGAGGUCCUGAUUCCCCAUCAGUCAAGAUUUGUCCCACUUCACCUAUAGUCAGAAGAUUGUUAUAAGAACAAUCAAUUUAAAAAUUUUCCCAAGUUAAAAAAUUGUACCAUGAGUUCAAACAUUUCCAGACUUUACGUAUCCCAUCUUGCAUGCUGUAGGUGGGAGUAUAAUUGUAACAAUCUUUAGAAGUGUAGUUUUUUGUGUUUAUUGAGAAUAUUUGAAUCAUUGGCCCAGUAACUUCAUUUCUAGGAAACGGCCUAAUAGGAGUAACCUGACAAGUGUACACAAGGAAGUUCAUUGCACCUUUGUUCUUUAAUAUUAAAACUAACCCAAAUGCCCUAUCAUUAAGGAGCUAGUUUAAUAGAUAUGAUCCUCCAACUUAUUUCUUUGUAUUCAUGAAGAGAGUGAGGAACAUCUUGACUUACUAGGGCAAGAUGUCCAAAGUUUGCUCAUGUAAAAGGAAGUUGUAUAUGCAUUYUUGUAAAAUAAUGAACACUAAAAAAUAAUGGGAAAGUAGCGCCAGGUUGUUAACAGUGGCUUUGUGAAGGAGUAGAAUUGGGAAAUUUUCAUGGUCUGCUUUAUAUAUUUCUAUAAUGUUUUACUUUUCUAUAAGCAUGUAUUUUGUAAACUUAAA